UUGUCAGCGAGCCAGACGAGAACGUAAAUAUAUAAACACGUUGAUGAAAUCAACAUCUCAAUAUUAAAACAGAUACGGACCAAGGAAGGUCCGGAAAGUUAAAAUUGAGAUUGUAAACAAUAACAAAAACAAACCAAACAUAAACAUGAAAGGUAAUAUCGCCAUACCUGUUGGCGAAAGUGAAACCGACGCUAUGUUCGCCGCUGAAGCUCUGGACGUAACUGACCGCCAAAAUGAACCUAUGAAACUGGACAUUGGGGAUGGAAUGACCAUUACAGUUACUGAAGUCGAACCCAGUUUUAAAUCAGAACCAUUUGCCGAUAAUCAAAACAGUUCCGGAAGUAUCGGCAGCUCACAGGAGAGUAAUAACGAGGAGAGAGCGGAAUGGGGAGGGAAAAUGGAAUUUAUCCUGACAUGCGUGGGAUACGCUGUUGGUCUCGGAAACGUUUGGAGGUUCCCUUAUCUUUGCUACCGGAAUGGCGGAGGUGCCUUCCUGAUUCCCUACACUCUGAUGUUGGCACUUGUUGGUCUGCCCUUGUUCUACAUGGAGUUAGUUAUGGGACAGUACGCUAGCCUUGGACCCAUCGCCAUCUGGAAGCUUAGCCCCUUAUUUAAAGGACUUGGAUACGCCAUGGUAAUCGUGUCGUUGUUGAUUGGUCUAUAUUACAAUGUCGUCAUUUCCCAUGUCCUCUACUACCUGUUUAAAUCCUUCACUGAUGUUCUGCCCUGGGAGUCAUGUGACAACACCUGGAACACCAACAGUUGUCUGCCCUUUGAUCACCAUGUUGCCAAGAGUAACACAUCAAAUUCCAAUUCAACAAUCCUUCCAAGUCCAUCCAUUUUCAAGACGCCCACUGAAGAAUAUUACAGACGGAACGUCCUGAAUCAGUCUGAAAGCAUUGACGACUUCGGAACAAUUGAGUGGCAUCUGGUAAUUUGCCUUUUCAUCGCCUGGCUCGUUGUUGGUUUGGUACUGUUGAAAGGAAUUCAGUCACUUGGAAAGGUUGUGUAUUUCACCGCCAUUUUCCCCUAUGUGAUGCUGACAGUCCUGUUCGUCCGUGGAGUGACCUUGCCCGGCGCCUCUAAAGGUAUUCUCUACUACCUAGAACCUGACUUUGAACGUUUACUUGACCCCCGUGUCUGGAGUGACGCAGCCACCCAGAUCUUCUACUCUCUCAGCGCAUGCUCCGGUGGCCUGAUCGCCAUGUCCAGUUACAACAAGUUCAACAACAAUUGUUACCGUGACGCACUCAUCGUCUGCUGUAUCAACUGUGGUACAAGUGUGUUCGCUGGUCUCGUCAUCUUCUCAGUCCUUGGUUUCAUCGCCACGGAAAAGAAUGUAGAUGUCUCAAAGGUCGUCGACGAUGGACCUGGAUUGGCCUUCAUUGUGUACCCGGAAGCUCUAGCCAGAAUGCCCGUCGCCCCAAUGUGGUCAGUCUUUUUCUUCAUCAUGAUGGCCACUCUUGGAUUCGGAUCUCAGUUUUCGAUCGUCGAAUGUGUGUUCAGUUCCGUGUCUGACGAGUUCCCCAUUCUGAAGACCAGCCGGAACAAUAUCAUUUUCCGUGUCGUCGGCUGUAUCAUCUUUUUCCUGCUUGGCCUCCCUAUGAUAUGUAGCGGAGGAAUAUGGAUGCUGAACCUGGUGGAUUACAGUGUCGGUGGUUUCCCUCUGUUGGUGGUCGGAUUGAUGGAGUUACUCAUCAUAACAAGGAUAUAUGGUUAUAACGAAUUUUCCGAAAAUAUCAAUACCAUGCUUGGAAUUCGGCCUAACAAGUAUUGGGAGAUCUGCUGGAAAUGGGUGUCACCAUUUGUUGUAUUUCUGACAAUCAUACUGAACAUCAUAUUCUUCAAGGAACCAGACCUCGACAAUGUGACAUAUCCAAGCUGGGCUGUUAGUCUUGGCUGGCUCAUCGCUAUGUUCCCCGUGGCCGCCAUAGUUGUUCUUGCUCUUUACUACUUCUGUCGCAAUGGUGGAUUUAUGGUGCUGAAAGAUUCCGUGAAGCCAUUGCCUACGUGGGGACCAGCAGACAAGACCAAGGGAGAUUACUCUUUCCCGAAAUAUGACGUGACCUUUGCUGCUAAUGAUGUCGGUUAUAACCCAGCAUUCGCUCGUCUCAUGGGCAGUAAUAUGUCAACGAGCACAAAUAGUACUGACGUCACAAAUAUCGGGGCGUCAGUGAGGACUGUAAACAGGAUACCCGGAAGCGGAAAUAUAGGAGGGUCUACGUAUAUAUUCUCCUCUAACCGUUCUAGGGAACCAAGCGAGUCCAAAGUUUGACCAUAAUGUAAAUAUAGUUAAAAGUUGUGUGAGAUGAAGAUUUUCUUGUUAAAAGUUGUUAGCGAGUGAGAUUGAGUGACGUUGUGAUGAUGAGUGAUAAAAAUAUUAUUUGUACCAACAAUGCAAUGCGAAAUAUAAUGUGUUCUAUGAAGCUAUUACCAGAUUUGAAUUCAAUCAUAUAUUUUUGUCGAAUCUCUCUUUAGUUGUCCUCGAUUGUCUGUCAAUUCCAUUAAUUUGACACGAACAUAAUUUUAAGCAUUCGUUUUAUUUACCUUAUUUUUUGCUAUUAUUUACUGACUCAUUUGUUAAAAUUGACAGGGCUCCAUUGUUGAUGAAAAUGUUCUAGUCAAAUUUGGGCUUGUUUUUUUUUUUUUUUUUUAGAUAUUUAUAAAAUGUGACGUCAUCGUGAUUCCGAUGCUCUUAUACUUAUGUGUUCGCUGAAGUGUUCAAUGUGAUUAUGACUCGUUACCAUCCCAGCAAUUCAGCACUCAUUUCGUAUGACCAAUAAUCUGAUACGGGUUUGUCAUGUCUGACCCUAUGUGAACAAUACUAACGUGAUACUAUGUCGGAAAUAUAUCAAUAUAACUAUAACAAACUGUAGGAUCUAUUCAUUUUAGAUCGUGUGCUCAAAUUUCGAGUUGGCAUUAUCAAUUCCACGUUUACCUCAUUUGGAAUUAACAUUUUAUCUCAAAUUAACUGUAUUUUUGAAAUGCAGUUUUAAGGGUAUUGGGAACACACUAUAAAUACUCUUACAAAGUGGAAAUAUUAAAAUUCAUGUAUGUCACCAAGUCAUUUCAUUAUUCAUGGGUUACUUUAGUUUUUAAAACGAAAACCAUAUCAUUUGGAAAAAAAAUGUAUAUUUUCCACCUCGAAUGGGUUUGGCAAAUAAUUUUUGGGUACAGUUUAUUUUUGAAAUUCAACUAAUUGUUUUAUGGGUCAUGUUAUUGUGAAUUCAAAUGUACAAAUAGCCUAUAUGAUUGUAUGCAUAUACACACUUAGAUAUCACUGCACAUGUCUUAUAAACAUUAAAUCAACCUUGUUAGAUCAUGUGACUAAAAUGCUCAGGGAUCUGUUAGUUGUGAGUUGAUGUCGUGAAACGAAGAUUUCGUGAGAGUGUUGAUUGUGUAAUGGAUGUGAGUUGCAGUCCAUAUUCUAAAAACCACAUUGAAGUCGCGUUGUGUACAUAUUGCGUUUAGCCUAUUGAAAAAUAGAUCAAAUUUGAGUAACACAAGUUGUUAACAUUGUACGUCUUAAACUCUCAAGUACAACGAAAAAGCUUUAAAGAAUAUUUUAAACAUAAAUUGUAACUUUAUAACACUUCCGCUUCCCGAUAAAUUGUAUAAUUGUUUAAACAAUGUUUUGUUUUUCACUUUUACAGACAGCUGGAAGUCUUUGUUGUCUAUAUCCCUUUUAACAACAACCUAGGUGUCUCUAUGUUUGAUACAAUUGCGGUCAUUUUACUUUGUAUGUAACAUAUACUAAGUCCUUAUAUAAGUAAAACGUUUAUCUGGACUGAAGAGAAAGGUUGUAGUGGUGAUGGUGACUAAAUUGGGAGACAGCGAGCGUGUGUGUCUGAUGUAGAAUAUAAUUAAAGUGAUGGUGUCAUCUGAUUGUCACCUGUUGCUUUGUGUGAUUGGAUGCUGAAGCUGAGUGUCGUAUGGUAACAAUGUGCUUUAUUGUCUCACUUAUUCUAUGCAGCUUUUUAGACAGAUCUGGUACCAACAGAAAUAUUUCAUUUUCUGAUUAAGAUAAACGGUCUGAAUUAAAAACAAAAUAUAGUCAUUUUGUAACUUAUGUUUUGUUUCUAGUAUUCACAUCAUUACUUGAUACGACCUAUCAAAUCAUGAUCAAAUCUGCUUUCAUCUCAUUUUCCACUAAUCUCAGAUCUGUCGGUUAUGCUAAGUGUAUUCAUGGAACAGAAUCUCGUGGUUUUUUUUGUUUUUUUUUUUUAAAUAUCACUCAAAUUAUGCAUUCGGUAUUAAAUCAAUUGUUUCAUUUUGUUGUGUAGUUGUUGAAAAGGACGAAAUCCAUUUUUCAUUUGUUUGUUCUUUAGUACUCUUUAUUUUUUUAUUUUAUUUUUUAUAUUUGAAAUUUAUUCAAUGCAUUUCUUUUCAACGUCUAGAUAAGAAUGAAGCUAUUUUCAAUAUAGAUAUUGCUUAUACCAGUGUAAAUACUGCCAUUUGUUCCAAUCACCUAUACCUAAUACAAAUAUUUUCUACCAUGACUAUUCUUAUACAUCAAGGUAUGCUCUUUUUUGUCACGUAGGACCACUCAAACUCAGCUAAAUAGAACAUGCAAUGUAAAGAGAUAUUUCAUUGUUCAAUAUAGUGAUAUAAAUAGUGUUGCAUUGUUGUUUGUAAAUAAACAAUGGGAACAUGACUGCGGUAAACAAACUGGACAGUGCUGGUUCCCAGAUGUUGUGAAAUUUAACAAGGGUUUGGUAUCUUGAUAUUUGAAAUAUACAGUCCAAACGGGGCAGUGACAUAGAUUACAUGCCAUUCGAGGGGUAAAGAAUGAAGGUUUUCUUGAUAUUAUUAAACCACGGUUCUGAAUUAUAUUUGCUUUAUGCUUUACAAGUAUACGUGAUGAAGUUAUACUUAAAAUGUACUUCAUUCACGGCAUUGUCUUUCCUGAAAUUAAACAUUCUUCUUGUUUUAUUUGUGCUGCAGUGAUUCUAGUGUGUGAUAUGUACAUGACCAAUAAAAAUUUAAAACAAA